AUGAAUUUAUAUCUAUUAUUACACGAACAAUAUUUUAUAAAUACCAUAAAGAAGAAACUAGCAGUAAAAGAGGAGGAAACCAUUUUAACGAGCAAAUAUGAAUCUAUUUUGUUGAGUGCCAUAUUUUGGGUUUUAAGUGGUAUUAGCUUAAUAAAUAAAAAAAGGGAAUCUAUAGAUGAGAUACUAAGUAAAGAAUUUAUAGAAGUAAUAUAUAUGUUGGUAAUGAAAUGUUUACAUAGAAAGAAAAUUAAACAUGAAUAUAUUUAUAAGUUAAAAAAAGAAAGAUAUAUUUUGUCAAAUGAAGAUAUUAAAAAAAAAAAAAAAAUAAUAGUAUCAGGUUUUAGCCCAUGUAAUAAAAAGAAUGUGUAUGAACCAAAUAUAAUUUCUACCUUGAGUGCUAUUCAAAUAUUAUUUUUAUUAAAUAAAACUGAUGAGGAUAGUAUAAGUACUAAAACAUUAUUAGAAAUAUAUAAUUUUAUAGUAUUUUUAUUUGAUGAAGAAAAGGGAUAUUUUCAUUUUUCUUUAAAGAGUGUACAUUAUAAAUUUGAUGGCGACAUGCGAUUUAUGUUUUGUUCCUUGUGUACUUUAUAUCUAUUGAAUAAGUUAUUUAAGGAAAGAAAUAUCUAUGUAAAUAAUAUAAAUAAUAUAAAUCAUGAUAAAUGUAUACAAUGGAUAAUAAAUUGUUUUAAUAUAGAUGGAGGAUUUUCAAACCUUCCUGGUUCAGAAUCCCAUGCAGGUACAACCUUCUGUGCAAUUCAUUCAUUAAAAUUAUUGAAGAAUGAGAAAGGAAAGACUUAUUUUUCUUAUAAUCCUAUAAUGAAAAAAAAGCUAAUUAGGUGGCUUUGUGAAAGAUAUGAUAAUUUUGGCAUUAAUGGUAGAGUCGGAAAAGAUCACGAUGUUUGUUAUUCUUGGUGGGUUUUAAGUAGUUUAUCAUCUUUAAAUGUAAAUUUAGGUAAGGUAUUUAAUAUAAAUAUUAUUAUCAAUUUUAUUUUAGAAUGCCAGGAUAAAGUAAAUGGUGGAUUUUCUAGAAUAGGACAAGAUGAAUACAAUAUAAACAAAAAAUGUAUGAACUAUUUUAAGAAUGAAAAUUUAUUUUUUAAACAAACAGAUCAAUUUCAUAGUUUUUUUUCGUUAUGUGCAUUGUCACUUAUUUAUUAUAAUAUACAUUAUUAUAUGAAAAAGGAGAGAAUAAAAAAAAAUGAACUUUUUGAUCAUAUAAUUAUACCUAAACAUAUAGAUGAUGUUUUGAGUAAUAUGGCAAACAUUCAUGAAGCUUUUGCCAUGCCAAGACGAUUAAUAAAAUGA